UUUGGGAAACACUCAAAGUACUGUGGCGGGAUCAGAGUCAUGAAAAGAUCUUGACCGCACUCACAUCACAAGGACGUAAUAUUCCAAAAAUAACAUUUCAUUUGCUGCAACAACGACUGGAUGGACUAGGUAAAAAGAAAAACUCUAAAUAAAAAAAGAUACCAUGACAAUGAUGAAACUCGUUACUUACAAUUUCAUUUUAUCAUCAGCGCCCGACCCAACCACUUCUUUGUAUGAUUCAGGCAUUGCUAUUCAAUCCGCCUCAGAUGCUCCUCCCACCCCUUUGCUUCUCAGUGAUGAUGACGAGUGUUUUAGUAACUCCACUACCGUCCUCAGUUCCGCCGGCAGUGAACUGCCACACACGCCGAAAAGCGGUCAUGUUCUCGACCUCUUUACUCCAUCGCACGCUCCUGAUUUCUAUCGCCCGCUGCUUGCAAAACAACCACCUCCACACCAUCGUAUGCAAUCUACUCGGUACGAUUGUAUGCGCCGUAAUAAUGAUAUCGUCCAUCGCCCGCAGUGGACCUUAAAGCGAAACGUCAUUGUGCUUGGAAAAACCCGGCCGAGUACAUACGUUCAACCGCUCCAUCCUGUUUCCAGUAUCAUUCAAACCAGUUCUAUGCAGUUCGAGAUAAACAUGGCUAGCACGGAUAACCUUCAGCAUUUUUUCAGCAAACUUUGUCUGUGGUUGUUACGACGAUACUCAUCGAAAAAGAAAAAGGAAUAUUUUGCCAUUGAAGCAAACGAGCCGCAAGACGAUCCAAACAAUCAACUCCAACAAAUAUUUCAAGACGCAAAGGACAAAUACCUAUCACAUACGAUCUAUCUACGAGCUUUCCGGUAACCCUGCUUCUUUUGCAGCAUCUGCGCAUUGCAUUGAGAAGCCCAAGACAUCAACACGGGAACCUGAUAAUGACUUGCAAACGACUGAUUAUAUCCUACCUGCGAUUGUUGAUUGAAUCUGACUGUUCCUGAG